AUGGCUGAUCUUGACUGGGUGCCGUAUCUUACAGAGGAGGGGCUUAUAACGGACUGCACGCAAGCGGGAGCCAAGGCGUCAGUGUAUGGCAUCUACAAUGACGACAAAGUGCUACAGUACAUCGGCGUGUCUCGCCAGGUAUACCAGAGCAUGUGGCUGCACUUUGCGCGGGUGCCAAACGCAUGUGCGUGGAUAAAGGUGACCCACAUCUCCUCCUCACCCAUCACCAUCCCCCCCUCCUCCCUCUCCACUAACCCCUCCCCCCACUCCCAGGUAUACCAGAGCAUGCGGCUGCACUUCGCGCGGGUACCGAGUGCAUGUGCGUGGAUUAAGGUGACCCACAUCACGCGCCCCUCCAAGGCGGUGCUAGAGGCUAUCAAGGACCAGUGGAUCGCAGAGAACGGGUUUGCCCCCCCGGGGAAUGACGAGGGGCCGGAGCAGAACCGGUGGGAGAACCCUCUUGACUGCAAGCCCCUCAUGACUGAGGAAGAGAAGAAGUCAGUGGACUAUGCUGCUCCCGGGCCUCCCAAGGCCAAGGCACUGAAGGAGGUAGCGAGACGAGUGGAGCGUGAGCUAGAGGCAGCGUUCAAGGCGCGGAAUUGCAAGGAGGUGCUGCGGUUCGACCCCAAGCUCAAGGAGGAUGGACUCCUGGACCUCAAGAGCACGGCCGCUCGGGCUCCUGAUACGGCUGUUCCGACUUCCACUCCCCAGGCCACCAAGGCUUGA